GGACAGUGCAUAUUGUUUAGCUCUGUCUGCUUCAAACACGCACGCAAGCAUCCCGACUUGCUGGGUUUCAUCGUCGUCGCCGUGCCGCCAUGUCCCAGAGUUCAUCUUCCUCUCGUCGUCUCCGAGCACCCCCUCCACCCCUGCCAUUGAUCCUGUGCCCGAGGUGUGCUGGGACGCGGACUAGAUGGUUUGUCUCCGGCACAGACCUUAACCCCGACGUCCGUUUUUACAAGUGCCCGAACCAGGGAGACGGAGGGCCGUGCGAUUUCUGGUUGUGGGAGGAGCAGUACGCGUUCUUCAUCACCGGCGUCGGCAUCAACCUUCUCAUCGAGGCGGCCGGAGGUGGGAGCAAUGUGAUGUUUGGCAUCGGAUGCGCCAUGGAAGAUGUUCGCAUCGCAGCUAGGAACACCAUGAUGAUCUGCUUGUUCAUGCUAAUGCUGCUGCUUGCCAAGGCCGUCGGCGGCCAGUAACGCGCCGCGAAAGUCAGUUUCCACUCG